AGGAUGAUCGCCCCCCGUCUUGCCCGCUCCACCCGCACCCUCGGACAACAGGUUCGCCUGAACUCCACCGCCUCCUCUUCCUCUUCAGGCGCCUCCUUGCCCAUCCCACCCAAGAUUGCCACUCCUAAAUCCCUGCAGGGUCCCGGAGGCAACUCGGCUCGAAUGGACGAAGUUGUUGGAUUCUACAAGAGUCUGCCCAAGGGAUCUACCACGCUCAAGAAGGGACCUUUUGCUAACCCUGGAAAUGGAAAGCCACUCGUGGUUGCCAUGGCUAGCUUGUUCUUGAUUGGAUACACGAUGGAUUAUAACAUGCACUUGAAGUACCACAAGAACCGAGCCCACUAAACGCCUCAUAUCACGAGUGCGUUGCGGAAGGGCCUCCUUGUUGCUCUUGUAGUGACUGUAGAUGGCCGGUAGAGGGGGAGAGGGUAAUACCGGCGAGGAGAGACAGA